AUGCGCCGCACCUGUAUUCUGCUCGUUUGUGUGAUCUUCCUUCUAACUCUGCUGUCGGCCAAAGGUAAUGCUGAAGCAAGGAUCCUGCGAACACUCACGACGGCUGACGGUCGAGACGCAACGAAAGAAGAGCGUGCAGUACCGAUAGUGCCAUUUCAACACGCGUUUAACUCUAACGCUUUGGACGACAUCGCGUUCUUUUUUAAAAAGAUGCCGGAGCAAUUCCAGAAAAUGAGGACUCAGCCUGAGCACCUACGGUUCGUUCUAAAGGGAUGGUAUGACAACCUCCAGAGCGUUGAUGAUAUUGUCGUCUUCCUGGCUCGACAAAACCUGAAUCCAAAAGCCAUUGAAGAAUUCAAGACAGCGUACCAGGCUUAUAUUACAUAUGCCAAGUCUAUCAAGGCUGUCCCGGCUGUUCUAUCCGUUAAAUAA